UCUCUUCCCAUUUUUGACGCCUUCUACUCUGCACUCACUUUAAUACUCUCUCUCUGAUUGGAAAAACAAAACGAAAAGUAGAGAGAGAAUCAGGCAAAACCCAAUUCCUCUUUUCUGUUGAUUGUUUCUCCAAAACCCUAUAUUUCUCUCUACAUUUCUUUCCUUUCCGAGUAUUUUUUUCCUUGUUUACUCUGCAUUUAUACUCCUCCAAUUCGUUUCUCGUUGACAAAAUCGAAAACCAACAAGAUUCUCGCACACCCAAAUCCUCAAUUUUUAAAGCCUCUCAAUUUCUCUCCAAAGCAAUUCAAGACACCAAAAAAAGGAACCAUUUUUUCUCUGAAAUUGUAAACUUCAUUGUGGGGAUUUUUAUUUUUAUUUUUUAUUUAUUUAUUUUUUCCAAAUUUUGGGGUGUGUGAUUCUAUGGCUGCGGUGGCUGAGGUGUCCGGUGAGGCAGCGGCUGCCAACAACAUGGAUUCGAGACCCAAAUCGGAAUCGGAGCUCAAUGUGCAGAAGCUUGUCGAUAUGUUCAAAAAGUUGAAUCCUUUGGCCAAGGAGUUCUUUCCCUCCUCUUACUCACAUCAUCAGAGCAAUAAUCACUAUCACAACAACGGUCAAUUGUCGCCCAACUUUUUUCCCACCGCCAAUAAGCCCUCCAGCAACGACAAUUUUUCGACCAAUCGGAGGAGAAGAAACAACUAUAACCAAGGGAGGAGAAGGUCAAAUGCGAGAGCUUUCAAAGCUCAGCGGGAGGAUAGUAUUAGACGAACAGUUUAUGUUUCUGAUAUCGACCAGCAUGUCACUGAAGAGCGGCUUGCUGCCUUAUUUAGUAGUUGUGGCCAAGUUAACGAUUGCCGAAUUUGUGGUGAUCCACACUCAGUUCUUCGUUUUGCAUUUGUGGAGUUUUCUGAUGAGCAUGGUGCAAGAGCAGCUCUAAAUCUUGGUGGGACAAUGCUUGGGUACUAUCCAGUUAGGGUCUUACCUUCAAAAACUGCUAUUCUUCCAGUGAAUCCUACAUUCCUUCCUAGGUCAGAGGAUGAACGGGAAAUGUGUGCCAGGACAGUCUAUUGUACAAAUAUUGAUAAGAAGGUUUCUCAAGCUGAAGUGAAGAACUUCUUUGAAUCAGCUUGUGGUGGUGAGGUUACUCGCUUGAGGCUUUUGGGUGAUCAUGUGCAUUCAACUCGCAUAGCUUUUGUUGAAUUUGCAAUUGCAGAAAGUGCCAUUGCCGCUUUGAGUUGCAGUGGGAUGGUCUUAGGAACACAACCCAUCAGGGUAAGUCCUUCGAAGACACCCGUGAGACCGCGAGUUAUUCGCCCGACAUUGCACUAACUAAUCUCAUAGUCCCUCCUAGACUCAUGGAUGGAAUUUGGUCAACUUUCCAGUUGAGAGAAACUUUAAUGUAUCGAAGGGGUGGUGAAACUUCAUUUUGAUUCAGUAUUUCCCUCCUUUUCGUUGCAAGAGUUAUAUUUUAUUUUUAUUUUUUUUUUUUUGUGACUGAGCAUAUCGUGACCUUGCUUCAAUUGAAGUUUUUACAAGACCAGGUCUCGAUCUUUGAGAAUUUCACCU